AUGGUUGGCAAAGUGUUCUACAAGAUACCAGCGCUCUACAAGAUACCAGCGCUCUACAAGAUACUAGCGUUCUACAAGAUCCUAGCUAAGCGUCGUAAUCGGCCGGGUAAAAAAUGGAUCCGCGCCGGUCAGGUUCCGCAUGACGAUCGGCAGGCCGAUCAAGAAGCAAAAUCCGCGCGGCUGGCCCGCCAGAUUGGCGUGUACCAUAAGGUGGAUGACCUUCCCAGGCCAUCGCGCAAAAAAUCCUCUGGGACGUGUACGUGUGUCCUGCAACCAAUCGUCUUCAACAUUUCGGCAACAGUACUAAUUCAGCGAUGGCAGACUGCGAGUCCCGGGAAACUCUCUCAAUCUCAAGACGGCACUUUGGGAACUUGCGCUCAAAUCAGUACCUCUGUCAGUUAA